AUGAAGAUUUUUCUAUUUAUUUUUCUAGCCCAUUUCAUUUUUGAUUCUCAAUUAAAAAAAAUUAUCUUAAAUUAUUAUUAUUUAAUGCAAAUAGGAUAUGCUCGGUUAGUUUAACUUUUGGGAAAGAUGAUAAUUUCGAAGAUUUUGUUAAGGAUCCUCUUUUAGAACGAAAUGUAUGCACUUGUGAUCAUGGAUAUACUGAUGGAAAUUACAAUUUUGUUGAUUCUUACAAUAAUUCUACUAAUAUUAGCAACAAUGAUCAAGCUGAUAAUUUACGACUAAUUGAAACACGAACUUGAGGUCCUGGAAAUUGUGCAUGCAGCUGUGAGUGCGAAAAUAUUGAUCUUUGCCGAUGCCACUGCUAUUGCAAUGAGGCUCCAACAAAUAGCAAAGAUCCUACAUGUUGCUCGAAGGCCAACAAUACUGAUUGCACUACUAUAAAUAAUCAGCAAAAUAAUGAAAGCAAUAACUGUUCAAAGCCAUCAAAUUCAACUUCUAACAACAAUCAAUCAAAUAGCCAAGAAGCAAAUCAUACCAAUAAUAACGCAUCAGAUUCAAUCUUGCAAAAUAAUUCAUCGAACUCCGAAGUGAAUACAACUAAAAACGAGUUAUCAAACCAAACUUCGUCGAUACCAAACGAUUCUAAUGCUAAUUCUUCUCAAUCCCCCUUUGUGCAAGAGUAAAUCGUUGGAAAACUCCCUAUGUUUUGUUAAAUUAGUCACAAGCAAAAAAUUGUUUAAUGUAAAAAUUUGAUAUAUAAUUAAUAAUAAUAAUAAUUAUAAUAAUGAAUUGUCAAUAUAACUAUAGCUAAUUUUAAAUAAAAAAUAUAUUUUAUAAAUUAUCCAAAUUAAAAAAAUUAACUCUAAAAUCUAAAUUUUUUGUUCGCUCGCGGAGGCAAGGCUAGCCAAAUUGUACUGAUAAUGGAUCUGAGUCAAAUAUUCCUGAUUCAAAUAACACAAAUCCUUCAAAUGCUUCUCAAGCUAGCAAUAAUACUUCUAAUUGAUCUGGAACUAACUCUACUUCUAGUAAUCAAAACUCAAAUUCUACAAACUCUAAUACAUCCAACUCAGAAAAUAAUAUAAAGGAUAAUUCAUCUACUAGCCAUUCAGAUUCAAACGCUACUAAUCAGCAAUCAGAUACAAACUCUACAGAUUCAAACGGCAGCUCUCAGUCAUCAAAUUCAAGCGAUCCUCAAACUGGACCAUCCAAUAAUAUUCUUUUUCCUAUAAAAUUUGAAUAGAAUUUUUGAAUAAUUAAAUUUCAAAAUUAUUAUUUAAAAUGAUUAUUUAUUUGACUUGGUAUACAGGCAACUCUAAUGAUACAUCUGUAAAUACCACUCAUUCUUAUAGUCCACCUGGCAACUCUACUAAUCAAAAUGGACCUUUUCAAAUCCCUGAUAUCUGAGGUAAUAGUCCAUGCAAUGGAACUGAUCACAGAAAUAAUGCAAAUCGCAAUAAUUUCAAUCAAAGUGAUAAUGAUUUAAAUUCGCCUGUUUCUAACCUGCCAAAUUUGAUUCGAAAUGACUCUCCAUUUUUUGGAUUUAACACAACGUUGAAUUUUACGUAUCCAUCUUUGCUAUCAGGGGAAAUUCCUGAUAAUUUGCAGAGGAUUGAAGAUAGAGAAGAUGCUCAGGUUAAAAUUCAAGUCGGAGGAGAAAGUGACGAAAAUUAG